AUGACGGCCUUAAUAAGCCUGGCGGCGUCGAAAGAAGCUGCGGCGAGGAAAGCUGCCUCCCCGAUGCCGCCCUCCGAGUUCCUGGACAAGCUCAUGGGCAAAGUCUCGGGUUACGACGCCAGAAUCCGACCGAAUUUCAAAGGUCCACCGGUAAACGUAACCUGCAACAUUUUUAUCAACAGUUUUGGGUCCAUCGCUGAAACAACAAUGGACUACAGAGUCAACAUCUUCCUGCGGCAGCAGUGGAACGACCCUCGGCUGGCCUACAGCGAGUACCCCGACGACUCGCUGGACCUCGACCCCUCUAUGUUGGACUCCAUCUGGAAACCUGACUUGUUCUUCGCCAACGAGAAGGGGGCCAAUUUUCACGAGGUCACCACCGACAACAAGCUGCUGCGCAUCUCGAAAAACGGCAACGUGCUGUACAGCAUACGAAUAACACUGGUCCUGGCCUGUCCCAUGGAUCUGAAGAACUUCCCGAUGGACGUCCAGACCUGCAUCAUGCAGCUGGAGAGCUUCGGCUACACCAUGAACGACCUCAUCUUCGAGUGGGAUGAGAAGGGAGCCGUGCAGGUGGCCGACGGCCUGACGCUACCUCAGUUCAUACUCAAAGAGGAGAAGGACCUGCGCUACUGCACCAAGCACUACAACACAGGUAAAUUCACCUGUAUCGAGGCUCGUUUCCACCUGGAGCGUCAGAUGGGCUACUACCUGAUCCAGAUGUACAUCCCGUCGCUGCUCAUCGUCAUCCUGUCCUGGGUUUCCUUCUGGAUCAACAUGGACGCGGCGCCCGCCCGGGUGGGUCUGGGCAUCACCACCGUGCUGACCAUGACCACACAGAGCUCCGGUUCCAGAGCCUCGCUGCCCAAGGUGUCCUAUGUAAAAGCCAUCGAUAUCUGGAUGGCCGUGUGUCUGCUGUUUGUGUUCUCGGCCCUGCUGGAGUACGCCGCCGUCAACUUCAUCGCCCGCCAACACAAGGAGCUGCUGCGCUUCAGACGGAGGCGACGACACAUGAAGGAGGAUGAGACAGGCGAGGGGCGCUUCAGCUUCCCCGGCUACGGCAUGGGCCCCGCCUGCCUGCAGGCCAAAGACGGCAUGGCCAUCAAGGGCAACAACAACAACGCCCCGGCCUCGGCCGCGCCCGAGAAGAGCAUCGAGGAGAUGAAGAAGCUGUUCAUCGGCCGCGCCAAACGCAUCGACACGGUGUCCCGCGUGGCCUUCCCGCUCGUCUUCCUCAUUUUUAACAUUUUCUACUGGAUCAUUUACAAGAUCAUCCGCAGCGAGGACAUCCACAAGCAGUAG